CCACGCCCCAAUCACCCCAUAACCAACAUAUACACCCUUCCUACCCAGAAACACAGAGUCUAUACGUUGUAGCCAUGGGCUCCAGCUCCAAAAAGAAGAAGGAGAAGCAGAAGGACUUCCAGAAACCCAAGCUCAAAGUCGGCAAAGCCAAAGCCAAACCGGACAAUUUCACCGACACGAGCUUCAAAUCCAAAAGUAUAACCCUAACCCAACAAUCCCUCUCCCUGCACGCCCCCAGCACCACCCACCAAUUCACCCACCACGUCUCCCUCCUAAACUCCAAAUCCGACACUCAGCGCCGCGAUUCCCUCGCGCACCUAACCACCCACCUCACCUCCGCCCCCACAUCCCAACCCCUCCCCAUCCCCGUAAGCACCCUCCUCCCCACCCUCUCCCCCCUAAUCCUGGACGCCAGCACAACCGUGCGCACCCAGCUCCUCAAGCUCCUCCGCACCUUGCCCCCAAGCGACGUGGAAGACCACGUCGCCAGCCUAAUGCCGUACGUGCGCGCCGGCAUGACGCAUCUAGCCGCCGACAUCCGCGUCACGGCCGUGGACGUCCUCUCCUGGCUGGUUGAGAUUGCCGGAGAAGCCGUGGUAUCGUGCGCGGGCGGAUGGAUCAAGACGCUGAAUUGCUUCCUCUCUGUGCUGGGCUGGCAUACCGAGGAGAGCUCUAAGUGGUCGAGUAAUCGGGCCGCGUUCGGGAAGGCCGGCGCGAAGGGGAAGCCCAUGGUCAAGGUUUUGGGGGUGUUGGCGGAGUUUUUGGAGGCUGGGAUUGGGGAGGAUGGUGAUGAUGAUGAUGAUGAUGGGAUGGAGGUGGAUGGUGAGGGUGAGAGUGGAAGUGGGACUGGUGUUGGUGGUGGGUUCCCGAUUGUGCAGACGGAUGUGCAUAUGGUGCCCAAGUCGGCGCAGCCGUAUGUGUAUUUGAAUUUGUUUGGUGCGCCGAGAGAUGAGGAAGGGGAGAUGUAUGAGACGAGGGAGGAGAGGUUCCGGGUGUUUAAGGGACGGUUUUUGGUUCCUGUUGAGCGUGGUUUGGAGAGUGCGAGGCAGGAUGGCGGGGAGGUUGGGCGUGCUUCGUCCGCUGUGAGUAAGGUGUUGAAGGAGGCCAGAGGGGCGGAUUGGGAGGGUUGAUUGAUUUGCUGUUUCAUGUUGUGUUGUGUUGUGUUGCUACGGCGUUUGGUACUGGGUUCUGUUGUU